AUGGCCCCUGGGAAGACCAACACCGUUCCCGACCCUACAAAGGUCAACCCACUUAGCCCUGAUGCCCGCCGACAGUACAUGCAUGCUUGCUUUCGAAUGCUCCCCAUUUCCAGCGACUUGCGACAGCAGGCUCGCACCAAGGCUAUAGAACUUCAGAGCAAGCAUCUGGCUGAGAAGGGGCUUCGUGAUGUCAACGUGGUGUAUUUCGAGUACCACGUUGAUGCCACCAUUUGGAGACUCAUCUUCAAUCGCCUGAGCAUGAUCAAGAACAACCCCUGGCCGUGGACUGUCUCGCUUGACGAAAAUGACUUGUCGCAGGGCACCUCCUCUGUCUUCAGGGAGUGGCGCCAGUCUCACGGCCCUAGUGGAGAGACUCAAGAGGGCAGCAGUACUCCCCGAUCCAAGGCCCCUCGCUCCCAGCACCAAGCUCCCGUCCCUCAAACCCUUGCUGAGGCUGAGCAAAUGGCCCGUGAAGCACGCGAAAGAGCCAACGAACUCGAGCUUGAGGCCUUCCGUCUUGAACGCAUCGCUAGACAGUGGCCUGCUGACGAUAAGGCAUCGCGCUUUGGAGGACUCGCAAACCCCCAAGCCCACCACCCCCGUUACAGCGGAUUGCAGCCCCUCGACGGCAGAGAGUUCAUGAGCCUUGAAGAGGCAGGCAGAGCUGCUACGGAACUCAAGAAGGAAAGUGACGCCAAAUCCUUGGAAAUCAAGGAUAUUUCAAUGAAAGUCACGUCCACCAGCCGAGCCAUGAAAAGGAGCCUCACUGGUGGUGAAGAGCGGGACGCAGAGAACUUGUCCAAUGAGGACACGUCGAUGAGUGUCUCGUCCUCGUCUAAGCGUCCUCGCCCGGAAAAUACUGCGGCGGUUGACCCUCCCUCUGAGGUUGGGGAUUCUCAGGAUGAACCGUCGGCGCACCCAUAA